AUGGAACCAGAUCCGCCUGGUUUCUUACCUGCAGGCAGUGUUAAGGUGUGGUGGCUGCUCAGCCAGUCAGAGCCCACCAGCUGGACCCGUGAGUCAGGUCCUAUGGGGCCCUCAGGGGCCACUGUAGACGGCGGGAGGCUGGCUGCGAUUGGCUGCUUGCUGUGUAUAAAAGUGGUGGAGGUGAAGUCCUCAUUCUCACUUUUCCUCCUGAAGGUCUGCAGAUACCACAGACACAUUAUGGGUAAAGAAAAGAUUCACCUGAACAUCGUGGUCAUCGGCCAUGUGGAUUCUGGGAAAUCGACCACAACGGGUCAUCUGAUCUACAAACUGGGAGGAAUCGACAAGAGGACGCUGGAGAAGUACGAGAAGGAGGCGAAUGAAACGUUAAGGAGUUCUGUCACUCCACAGAUGCCGUGGUAUAAAGGAUGGAGUAUCUCAAGGUCUGAAGGGAAUUGUUCUGGAAAGACUCUGGUUGAUGCUCUGGACAGCAUCAUCCCUCCUGAACGACCCACAAAGCUUCCUCUGAGGAUCCCCCUGCAGGACGUCUACAAGAUUGGAGGUAUCGGGACGGUGCCGGUAGGUCGGGUAGAGACAGGGAUCCUGAAGCCUGGCAUGGUGGUGACCUUUGCCCCUCAGCAUCUGAGCUCAGAGGUGAAGACGGUGGAGAUGCACCAUAUGUCUAUGCCUGAGGCUCUGCCCGGAGACAACAUAGGCUUCAAUGUCAAAAACCUGUCCAUCAAAGAAAUUAGACGAGGGAACAUAGCUGGAGACAGUAAGAACAACCCCCCGUGUGGAGCUGCCUCCUUCAUUGCUCAGGUGAUUGUGUUGAACCACCCUGGGGAGAUCCACGCUGGUUACUCUCCGGUUACCGACUGUCACACUGCUCACAUCGCCUGUAAGUUCUCUGAGCUGCUGCAGAAGAUCGACCGGCGCAGCGGAAAGGUCAUAGAGGAAAACCCCAAAAUGAUUAAAAGUGGAGAUGCCUCCAUUGUCCUCAUGGUUCCCUCCAAACCCAUGGUGGUGGAGUCCUUCUCCGAGUUCCCCCCGCUGGGUCGGUUUGCGGUGCGCGACAUGAAGCAGACAGUGGCGGUCGGCGUCGUGAAGUCUGUCACAAAGGACGAGUCAAAGCUCACCAAGGUGGCAGGAAAGAAGAAGUGAUGUCAGUUCCUGUCAAGGAAACAAUAUCUCUAAACAAACAUCUGUGAACAAACAUCUGUAAACAAACAUCAUAAACAUCUGCAAACAUCAAUAAACGAUAACUCAAACUAACUUGAAAUGUUUCUAUGAAACCUAUAUCCUCAGAUAUGUUUCCAUAGAGAUUUUGGGGAGUGACACUACAGUGGGACAAUCUUCUGUGUGAGCUUUGUCCAUUCCCCACCUCAAAGGGAAUAUAUGAAUUAGUCUAAGACCUCAUGCAAAAACAUUUGACAUAUAAACAAAGACAUAAAUACUCUAAACACCAGCUGAUGUGUGGGGAAGAAGUUAGGCAGCAAAGCAGAUACAAAUAUUUACUGAUGCAUUAAGAGGAGCAGGAGCUCAUGAGCUUUGGUGCGGUCAAGAUCUCCUUCUUGUGCAGCCUGACAUAAUGUGGGUAGGCAGAGAAUGACCAGCAACACAAGGAUUUUA